AUACAAAACCUCAAAACCAAAAAUCCAAAAAAUAUUAAAAAUUAAAAUGGCCGGAAAACCAACAUGCAUGGGUGUCAACGCAGCUUUAACCAUGACAUUAAUUCUCCUCACUGCCACCAUAGCCAUGGCGGAUGAUGAUACACCGGUACCAGCUGAGCAAACCCAAGUCAACACAUGGUUCAAUAACAAUGUGAAGCCGUACACAGAACAGAAGGGCACGCUUGACCCUGCCCUUGCAACGGCUGAGGCUGGUCAAACAAUCAUCAAGGUCAUGAAAGAUGGAAGUGGACAAUUCAAGACUAUUACUGACGCCAUUAAUAGCAUUCCGGCUGGCAACACCAAACGUGUCAUUGUGUACAUUGGAGGGGGAGAGUACGAAGAGAAAAUCACAAUUCCACGGAACAAACCAUUUGUUACAUUUUAUGGCUCUCCAACCAAUAUGCCAACUUUGACCUUUGGUGGCACAGCCCAAAAGUAUGGAACUGUGAACAGUGCUACAGUGAUUGCUGAAUCUGACUACUUCAUGGCAGCUAAUGUUAUUUUUAAGAACUCUUCGCCAAGGCCAGAUGGGAAAGCAGUGGGAGCGCAGGCAGUGGCAUUGAGGGUGUCAGGGAACAAGUCAGCCUUGUACAAUUGCAAGCUUAUUGGUUUCCAAGACACCCUUUGUGAUGACAAGGGCAAUCAUUUUUUCAAGGACUGCUUUAUUGAAGGCACCGUGGAUUUCAUCUGGGGAAGUGGAAAGUCUCUCUAUUUGAACACUGAGUUACAUGUGGUGGGAGAUAAUGGAUUAACAGUGAUAACAGCACAAGCAAGAGACUCAGCUUCAGAUGAUACUGGAUACUCAUUUGUCCACUGCAAAAUAACUGGGACUGGAAAUGGCACAUAUUUGGGCAGGGCUUGGAGGAUCAGUCCCAUGGUGGUCUUUGCCUACACCAGCAUGUCUGAGGUCAUCAACCCCGUCGGCUGGAGCAACGAUAACCGCCCCGAACGUGACAGCACUGUGUUCUAUGGAGAAUACAAGUCUUCGGGUCCAGGUUCAAGUGUGGCUGGGAGAGUAAAAUACACCAAACAUCUGACGGACGAACAAGUCAAACCUUUUCUAAACCUUGGCUAUAUUCAGGGUUCCAAAUGGCUGCUUCCUCCUCCAAAUCCUAAAGUGUAGAUAUUGGACAUAGUUUUCUUAUAUAUAUAUAUAUAUAUGUAUGUAUGUAUGUAUGUUAAUAUACGAUUGAGAAAGCCGGUGGCACGCCUCAUGCAAAAUGUACAUGAGCUAGCCAUAUAGUAAUGUAUAAAAUCAAUAUUAUGAUCUAAUUUGUGAAGAUCUUCCUCUAUACAAUAGUUUGUCGAUUUGAUUGGUA